AUGCAAGCUAAAACGAGUGAAGAUCAUACGAAAGUCCAUAAAAUGAAGAAGAAGGUAUUGAGGAAGCAGGUCAGAGCUCAGCAUACGUUGAUGAGACAUGAGGGCAUUGAGUGCAUCUCCCAUGCCUCACAGAGCCUGGUUAUUGCCAAUGGUGGUCUCGGUAAUGGGAUGAGUAGGCACCAACUGCUCGGGAUAGUAGAAGAAUAUGGGUUGGUGGAAACACUCUUAAUGCCACCGAAUAAGCCAUAUUCAUUUGUGAAAUAUGGGACAACAGAAGAAGCCAAGAAAGCCUUUGAUGCCCUUAAUGGAAAAGAAGUAACACUGGAAGAUGUUGGCCAAAACAUUGUUCUAUAUAUUAAUUUUGUGGAAAAAGUUUUCUGGCAGAAUGCUGUUCCUACAAGCUUGCCUCCAGGCCUAAUGGUCAUUGAAAAGAUUAUUUCUCCAGAAGAAGAAAGGAGGAUGUUGGAAAGUAUUGACUGGAUAGGAGAAGAAGAUACUCGAAAUGCCCAGAAGACUUUAAAGCAUAGAAGAGUAAAACAUUUUGGAUAUGAGUUUUGCUAUGAUAACAACAACGUUGAUAAAGACAAACCUUUACCUGGAGGUCUUCCUGAAAUUUGCGACAUAUUCUUAGAGAAGUGCUUGAAGCAGGGAUAUAUCAAACAUAAACCUGAUCAACUGACUGUAAAUCAGUAUGAACCUGGACAAGGAAUUCCUCCUCAUAUUGAUACGCAUUCUGCUUUUGAGGAUGAAAUAAUCUCUCUCAGUUUAGGAGCUGAGAUUGUGAUGGAUUUCAAACACCCUGAUGGCCACACAGUGGCAAUUAUGCUGCCCCGGUGCAGUUUAUUGGUGAUGGCUGGAGAAUCCAGAUACCUGUGGACACAUGGGAUUACACCCCGGAAAUAUGAUGUCAUUCAAGCGUCUGAGCUUGGGCAAAGAGUUGGAACAAUCACUGCUGGUGCUGGAGAUUUAACACUACAUCGAAGGGAAACAAGGACAUCAUUUACAUUCAGGAAAGUGAGGAGAAGCCCUUGCAAUUGCAUUUACCCAUCUGUCUGUGACAGCCAGAAAGGACAGCAGAGACAGGUACAACCUUCAUUUCCGCACAGUGAGAUAGAGGCAUCGAAGCUGGAGCAAGAAUAUGUACACAAGGUGUACGAAGAGAUUGCCACACACUUCAGCAGUACCAGACAUAGCCCAUGGCCCCAGAUUGUAGAGUUUCUCAGGUCCCUACCAAAAGGGUCAGUAGUGGCUGAUGUUGGUUGUGGUAAUGGGAAAUAUCUAGGCAUCAACAAGGAUUUGUACAUGGUUGGCUGUGAUCGCAGCAAAAACCUGGUGGAUAUUUGUGGAGAAAAAAAUUUCCAGGCCUUUGUCUGCGACGCCCUCUCGGUGCCAAUCCGCAGCGGUUCUUGUGAUGCCUGCAUCUCUAUUGCUGUCAUCCACCAUUUCUCAACAGCAGAGAGGAGGCUGGCUGCCAUCUGUGAACUAGCUCGACUUCUAAGACCGGGUGGAACAGCACUCAUUUAUGUCUGGGCAAUGGAACAAGAAUACAAAAGCCAGAAGUCUAAAUACCUUAAGGACAAGAAUGGUAGUAAAGACAAGGAGGAGGAAAUCAAUACUGGCACAGCCCAGAGACCGCUUAGUGAUCAAACGCCUGAGAGCAGCAGCCAAGACUCAUCACGUUCUGACCGACUGCGUAAUGACUCGAAGGACGAAGGCUGUGAUGCAGAGCCAGUCGCAGACUCCAGACUGCCUGUUCACGCUAACCGAACCUCCUUUCACUCUCAAGAUUUGCUGGUUCCCUGGCACCUGAAAGGUGGCACUAAAAAGAAAAGGGAAAGUGUUGAUAGAGUGUCAUUGCCAGCUGGCUCUAAGGAAUCACAAGAACCCAGCCCUGUUUUCCACCGUUACUACCAUGUGUUCUGUGAAGGGGAACUGGAAGCAGUGUGCAGAUCCCUGGAUUGCGUGAGGGUUCAGAAGAGUUACUAUGAUCAAGGAAACUGGUGUGUGAUUCUAGAAAAGUUGUAGCCUGUGGUGUUUCA